CUGACAGUAAAACAGAAACCUUCGACGCUAAGACAAGAACCUUCGAACAUCGUCACGUUUUUUGUUUUUACCAUCUAAUCUUUUGGAGCUCUUGACUACUUGAAUUAAAGUAGUAGUAUUAAACCUCCUCAUCUAUAUUCCACUGUAACGUCACACUUAGACAGCCAAUCAACAGCCUUAACCACCUAGUCUUACUCUUACUUACAGUUACAGCGCGUAAACUCCAUCUCUCUCUUCGCGUCUCUUCUCCAGGCUCCAGCCAUGUCCGUUUGCUGCUGUGGAGUCGAGUGCGUAGUCCUGAUAGGCGUGACGCGCUGGUUAUGGAAGCGCUGCACCUACGUCGGCUCAAACGACAGCGCCACAUGGCCUUUAGCUACCCCAGAAGAAUUCGAACCAGUCCCUCGCAUCUGCCGCGCCAUCUUAGCCGUCUACGAACCCAACAUCCGAAACCCUCAGUUCGCCCCACCUGGCGGCUACCGUCUCAACCCAGACUGGCUCAUCAAGCGAGUCACUUAUGUGAUGACACAAGGUCGAGCCCCUCCUUACAUCAUCUACGUCGACCACAUCAACCGCGAGAUCGUGCUCGCCAUCCGCGGUUUGAAUUUAAUUAAAGAGACCGAUUAUAAGCUGCUCCUUGACAACCGCCUCGGGAUGCAGAUGUUUGAUGGCGGGUAUGUGCAUCACGGACUGCUUAAGUCGGCGAUUUGGUUGCUUAAUCAGGAGUCUGAUACGCUGAAGAAGUUGUGGGUUGAUAAUGGAAAGUGUUAUAAGAUGAUUUUUGCUGGACAUUCUUUGGGGUCUGGUGUGGCUGCUUUGUUGACUGUGGUUGUUGUGAAUCAUGGUAAUAAACUUGGGGGUAUUCCCAGGAGUCUUGUUAGGUGUUACGCCAUCGCUCCGGCACGCUGUAUGUCGCUUAAUUUGGCUGUCAAGUAUGCUGACGUUCUCCAUUCGGUUAUACUCCAGGAUGACUUCUUACCCAGAACACCCACUCCAUUAGAAGAUAUAUUCAAAUCAAUUUUCUGCUUGCCCUGUUUGAUGCUUUUGAUUUGCUUGAGGGACACCUUCAUCCCAGAAGAUAGGAAGCUUAGAGAUCCAAGAAGACUAUAUGCUCCUGGACGAAUGUACCAUAUUGUAGAAAGAAAAUUUUGCAGAUGCGGAAGGUUUCCUCCAGAAGUCAGAACUGCUAUUCCAGUUGAAGGAAGAUUUGAACAUAUUGUGUUGUCUUGUAACGCUACAUCUGAUCACGGAAUUGUGUGGAUUGAAAGAGAAGCAGAGAAAGCUUUACGGAGAAUGGGAGAGGGAAGUACUGAGACAGUAACGAGUCCUCCAAGAGUGCAGAGGUUUGAGAGGUUGAAGACUAUAGAAAAAGAACACAAGGAUGCUUUGGAGAGAGCCGUUACUCUCAAUGUACCUCAUGCAGUAUCUAUGGAAAAAGAAACAUCAAAACAAGAAGAGCCAGGUCCACAACAGGAGGAAGAUGUACAUUUGUCAGAAGACGAAACUACCGAGGAGUCCUCAGAUAUUCAGCUGAAAGCAAGCCGUGGGAGAACUAAUUGGGAUGAACUGGUAAAGAAGCUCUUCAAAAAGUCGGAUUCUAGAGAGACGCAUCUAAAUGUAGUCGAAGAUGACCAAAAUCACCAGGUUCCGGUAAUUCAUGAUGUAUGAAUCUACCAGUCCGUUUUUUUCCCGAGUUUGUAAAUUGUUUCAUGUACAUUGUGUAGCCUCAAAGUGUUAUGUGAUUGGCUAGUGUAGACUGUAUAGUAAUAGUGAGAAAAAAGCCCAACGAAUCGACAGUCAUUGUGGUUAUUGUCAUCAUUCUUUCUUGAUGGGGAUUGGGGAGUAUGCUCUAUCCUUUAUUGCUUCUGCAUGGUCUGUGAGAUUGACCGCGUUUGCAUUUGUGACCAUAUAGCAUGGUUGACGCAUGUAAUUUUUUUUUCCCUUUGAAAGCUUGACUUGCAAUAUGAUUAUUUCAUUCUCUUA